AUGACAAAUCCCCUCUUUUUUGCCUCACUCUCCAUCCCGCUUAUUGCGAUUCCUCUUCUCUAUUGGGUCUACACCUAUCCCAAAAACAAAUACAAGCAAACCAAUCUUGUUCUCUAUGUGCAUGACUACCUCACCGGUGAUGACAAGUCAGCAAUGACAGUGGCCGGAAAAGACGGGCCCACCACUAGCAUCAUGCAUUUCGGGACCCUUCUGGCACAUGAUGAUCCAGUAACUGUAGGCCCUGAUCCCAAGUCUGAAGAAGUUGGAAGGGCGCAAGGUAUGUACAUCAACAGUCAACUAGAUGGGAAGGCACUGUAUAUGAUCUUUUCUGUCAUGUUCACCGAUGGGGAGUAUAAAGGAAGCACACUCGAGAUUCAGGGAGCCGAUCCUUUUGUGUUGAAAGAAAGAGAAUUUUCAGUUGUUUCAGGAACAGGUUAUUUUCGGUUUGUGAGGGGGUAUGGGAUCAUGACUACAGAGUUUCUUGACAUACAGAAUUUGAGAGCUAUUAUCAAGCUUAAUAUAACGGUGAGGCAUUUUUAA